UCUUAAAACAAGCGGCCCCGUAUGCCUUCACUUCUAUGGUGACGAAUCCAAGCCUCAGGUCAUCGGCGCUCUUUUCAAACCCCUUUACCGCGGAAAGAAAUAAGUCAAGAGCUGUUUAAUACUCAACUAUAACGGGCACUCAGAUUUAAUGGUAAAAUGAGCGCAGUGAAGGGAAUAACUCCAAGUGAGACGUGCUUGUGAUGCAAAGCUAACAGACGUUAGCUGUCAAAAACCGCGUCCUUCUGAAAGAAAGUCCCGGAAUACAGCCAUGAACAGCAACGCAGAGAGGAAAUUCGUGAAUUUGAGGAAGCGUCUGGAUCAGCUGGGCUACAGACAGCCGCUGGGCAUCGAAUCACUGCCACUGGUGGAGAAAAUAUUCAGUGACCUGAUUCACACUACUGAAAGCCUGCGCAGUGCCAAGCUGUCAGCAGGAAAGACUGAGAAAGAAAGCCGGAAUUUUGAUGCCCUCGUUGAGCCAUACAAGACAGAGAAUGCCAGGCUGGUUAGGGAGAACAAUGAGCUCCACCUUGAUCUUCUAAAGUUGAAGGAGGAAAAGGAGCGUGUCACUAGAGAGCUGAAGACACAUAUCAGAAAACUGGACCAUGAGACAUCUGACCUUAAGUUUUUAAAUAAUCAGUAUGUACACAAGGUUCGCUGCCUGGAAAAGGAUAGCAAGGCCAAAGGUGAACGCAUCCAACAGCUGCAGGAGAAGAACAUGCAAGCUGUGGUACAAACACCAGGUGGAAAAAAACGCAGUAUUCCUUUCAGACGCCAAAGAAUGCAGAUUGAUGAGCUCAUACCACCAUCUUCCUCUUCAGCUUAUCCUGUGUUGCAGCCUGAUGACCCAUAUGUAGCUGACUUACUGCUGUUGGCAGAUGGGAGAAUUCAUGAGCUGCAGGAAGAAAUCAUAAAACUCAAAUUGGAUCUGGAGAAUGCCCAAGAGUGCAUAAAACAUCUAACUACUCAGGUGGAAGAGAGAGAUAAAGAGAUUGGACGUUUAAAUCAUGCACUUCAUGGAGGACGGCCACAUGAUGUAAUUUCCCUCGAGGCUCAGAACAUCAGCAACGAGAAACUGAUUGCCCAUCUUAACCUUCAGAUUGAAUACCUACAGGAAACCAACAGGACACUAGAGGAGAAGAUGGAAGGUCUGCAGGAGAGGAAGAAGCAUGCUUCCAAUGAAGUUGCCAAUCUGUCUUUAAAGAAUCUAGAGCUAUGUGAAGAGCUGACACACAUAGAUGACCUCGCUAAGCGGCUAGAGAUGGACAAGGAGAGGGUCUUGGAAACAGCAGAGUUGGAACUGCAAGAAACAAAAGAAGAAAUUCAGAGACAACAGAAGAUCAUUGAAGAUUUGGAGGAUAUUAUUACAAAACUGAGGAGGGAACAGUCUGAAGGUGACUAUGAGAGGGACCGUCUUCGAGAUGACCUGGCAGACCUCAAAGAGCAGAAUGAAAAAAUGGAGGGUCUGGUGAACUUCCUGGAUGUGGAAAAAACCAGGCUGCAGGAAAAAGUAGAGAAAAUGAAAGUAGCUGAUAAAGAUUUGGUGUUGGAGUUGGAAGCCAUGCGUACUAAAUAUGGUGUUUGUGGAAGGGAACGCUCUCCAUCACGUCUGGAUGCAUUUGUUAAGAGUCUAGAGGAGGAGAGGGAUUACUAUCGUCAAGAGGCUGAACGAUACAAAAGAGCCAGAGGUGGUGUGGACUCGAGCCCCUGUCGCAGUCCAAGCAGGGGAAGAAGUCCAAUGUCCAAGUCAAUCAGGGGAGGUGUUGCAGAGAUAGAAGUGCGUCGUUUGAUAAAGGAAAGAGACGAGCUGAAGGGGGCUCUGUUGGACUUUGAGAAGCACAUGGAGGACAUCCAGGAAAAUGUGAAAAUUUUAAGUGCUGAGAGAGACCAGUUUAAAAUGCUGUUGAAACAGGCUCAAGAGGACCUAAAGUCAGCUCACAGUACAGAUUUAUCAGCUGACAUGUUGAAACUGGAACAUGAGAUGAAAGAGGCUGAGAUCAAACUCCAGCAGAUAACCUCGGAAAGGGAUGCACUGAUGGAGAGAUUAAGGGUUGCCCAGACUUCAGCUCUAACUGAUAAACAGGAAGAAGAGAAGAGGAUUCUUGACCUGGAGAACACCAUUAAGAGUUUGGAGCGGGAGAGACUCGACUUGCGGGUACAGGUGAGUCUGCUGAAGGAGAACAAUGUGGCUGUGGAGGAGGAACUGAAGGCUCGGUGCGCUGCUCUCGUCCAGAAUACAGAGGAGACAGCGCAACAAAGGGCAGAGUCUAAUGCGCUAAGGUUGCUACAGGAGCAGAUGGAGCAGUCGCUGUCUGACACACAACACAGGCUAUCUGUGAAAAUGAAUGAGCUCCAUGCUGCACAUGAACAGAUUGACAAGCUGGAGCAGAGAAUGGAUGAGCUGAAUCAGCAGGGCUUCAAGCACAAAGAGGAAGUGGCUGUUAUUCAGAAGUCAAUCUCUGCCCUGGAUAGAGAGAAGGAUGCUCUGCAAGAUGAAGUGGAUCAAAAAGCUGAAAAGUUGGUUGUUCUCCAGGAGGAGCUGGCCAAGAAGGAAAAGACUCUUGAGGAUGUGAGACUCACAGUUAGUAACAUGGACAGUUCAUUAGCUCAGCUGCAGGGAGCAUUAAACAGCCGUGAGAGGGAGGUAACCAGUCUCAGGAGACAGCUGGACUCCUCUCAGGAGGCGCUCACUAGUCUCAGGAGAGAAAAAGAAAUCAUAAUAAGAGAGAACAGAAGGCUGCAAGAUGACCUGGCUACAAUGACCAGGGAGAACCAGGCUGUGCACGUGGAGAUGGAAGAAGCUUUACAUGAGAAGGAUGAACUGAAGCUGCGAGUCCACUCUUACAUUUCUGAAGUGGCCAGAAUAGAGAAACUAAUGGCUACAAAGGAGCAGGAGAACAGGGAUUUGCUGGAGCAGUUCCGAAUGGCUCACUCUGAUAUGGAGGAGCGGGACCAGAAGCUGCAGCAGGCUGAGGGCCUCAAUAACUCGAUCCGCCUGGAGCUGCUGUCUUCAGACACAGAACGCAGGCAUCUCCGUGAAAAAGUCAGCAACCAGGAGAAGGAGAUCCAGCAGCACAUACAAGCUCUGCAAGCGUAUGAGGCCCAAGUAUCAUCACUGGUUCGGGGGAUGUCCCGGCUGGAGGAGGAGCUACACAAAGCACAAGAAGAGAGGACGGCUGUGCUCUCUGAUCUGGCUUCUGUCAGGGAGCUGUGUGUCAAGCUGGACUCUGGGAAAGAACUCACUGCACGCCAGCUCACCUCUAAGAGCAUGGACCUGGAGAGGGUCACGGGAGAACUGGAAGACGUUCGAUCAGAGAUGGAGCUACUUAAAAAGCAACUGGCCAGUGAGAGGUUGACCGUUCGUAACCUCGAGACACUGCUUUCCACAAAUCGCCAAAAGGAGUUCCAAAGCCACCUGACAGCCAGCGAGAAAGAGUCGGAACUGAAAAUUCUACGUGACAGGCUCACCCUUGCUGACAGCAAAACUGCAGAACAUGCCAGGGAAGUGUCCCAGCUUCGAGGCAAGGUGUCUCAGCUGCAGACAGAGAUGGAUGUUUUAAAAAGACAGCUGACAACUGAACGUUUUGAGCGGGAAAGAGCGAUUCAGGAGAUGCGCAGACAGGGCGUUUCGUUCUCAUCCCUGCGGAGCUCGUCUCCCCUCAGCGUCUCUGCCAGCUCCCAUCAUGCAUCUCCAGAACGCUCCAUCCUCCGAACUCUUGACCGCUCUGCUGACAAAUCAGCUGACAAAAGUGUGACCUUCAAGGAUUGAAAAGACUGGUGCAUGAAGUGAGUGAAUCACAAACUACCAGAAUCUGGAGGCAUUACUGUUAGACAUGUCUUAGUGGUACUUUACCAUCCAUCUUAAAGCACAAAGGAUGAAAUUAUGUCUAAUGUAUUUAUUUUUUUCUUACUAAAGCUGCUGACAUUCCAACUAAAUAUCCACUUUCUCACCGACUUAUGUUACAUCUUAAUAUAGCUACUGAAGAAAAGGAGGAUAAGGAGUGUUUUUGCCAAGUAGUGCCUCUGUUAUGAAUGUGGAUCUUAGAAACUGCAGCCUCAUAUGUUAUGAAGUAUUUGUGGUGCCAUGUGUUACAGUCUGUUUUAUGUUUUUAGUAGUUAUUUAAACUAUGUUUAACUUAUUAAAUUAUUCACAAAACAAA